AUGCGCGUCUACACAAUCAUCCUCCUAGCUGUUCUCAGCUCAGAAACCAGAGGUCACGAAAGGGUAGGUCACUUUGCUUGCCUUCACCUUGGUCUCAGAAAGAAGGACUACGUGCGAUCGAUAAAGGACUACAUCAAGAUGCUUGGUGAAGAGACGAGCAAAUUCCUCAGCGAGGACGAAUUGGGCAUCAGCAUGCUGGAGACCUGGAAAACUGCAAUUGAGUUGAUGGACAAAGUGCUGCUUGCGGCUGUCGCUUCGGCUGAUCCCCGAGAAAGAACUGGUCCCCAGAGGGGUAUCGUGGAGAUUAUCAAGCACGCCCAGAACUAUCUGAGGAACACGCCCGAUGGACAGAAGGUCACGACAGCACUAGGCAACUUACAGGAUGGCAUGCUGCAAGCUUACAAGGCCACGCGAACGCUGCUGGCGGUCUACAUUAAAGGCCUACUCGCUGAAAAUGAGUAG